CGCGGCAGCGCCGGAGCGCGCCGUCUCCCGAUUGGCUGUCAGAACUCUCGGGUUGUCUCGCGCUCUCUGGCUGGACCAAUGGGGAUAUCCGCAGUCGAGAGGACGGCAUCGCUGGAGUGGUGGCUCAGCUGUUUCCUCUGGAUAUACAUCAAAUAUUGAGAAGAAAGAACAUCCAGAGCUAAAUGUUCUGUUUAAACCAGUAGUUGCUGCUCAGAAAAUAAAGAUGCAGACCCAAAGUCAGUGGUUUAUACGUUCUUCAUGCGAGAGCAUUGUAUUAAAGGAGAGAGUAAGCUGUGUUGAUCAGUGACUUUGGUGAAGGCUGAGAAAGUUGAAGAAAAUUUGCAGAUGAUACACAACUUCUAAGGAGGCACCCUCUAUUAAAUGGAAGAUAAAGGCUACUUCAUCUAAAGUGCUUUGAGCCCCAGAGAGAGCUGUCUUCAGCACCUCACCACGUGUCUACUUUUCGUUGCUUAGGCGAGCCUGGGCUUUUCUGUAACAUUUGUAUUCCACAUUGGAAGAAGAGAUUUCUGUAGAUGAAAAAAAUGCCUUUGUUUAGUAAAUCGCACAAAAAUCCAGCAGAAAUCGUGAAAAUUCUGAAAGACAACAUGGCCGUUUUGGAAAAGCAAGACAGAAAGACAGAUAAGGCUUCAGAAGAAGUGUCAAAAUCACUGCAAGCAAUGAAAGAAAUUCUGUGUGGGACAAGUGACAAAGAACCCCCAACAGAAGCUGUGGCUCAGCUAGCACAAGAACUCUACAAUAGUGGGCUGCUGGUGACACUGAUAGCCGACCUACAGCUGAUAGACUUUGAGGGAAAAAAAGAUGUGACCCAGAUAUUUAACAACAUCCUGAGACGACAGAUAGGCACUCGGAGUCCUACUGUGGAGUACAUUAGUGCUCAUCCUCAUAUCCUAUUUAUGCUCCUCAAAGGAUAUGAAACCCCACAGAUCGCCUUACGUUGUGGGAUUAUGCUGAGAGAAUGUAUUCGACAUGAACCGCUUGCGAAAAUCAUCCUCUUUUCUAAUCAAUUCAGAGACUUCUUUAAGUAUGUGGAGUUGUCAACAUUUGAUAUUGCUUCAGACGCCUUUGCUACUUUUAAGGAUUUACUGACCAGACAUAAAGUGCUGGUAGCAGACUUCUUAGAACAAAAUUAUGAUACUAUUUUUGAAGACUAUGAGAAAUUGCUCCAGUCUGAGAAUUAUGUGACUAAGAGACAAUCUUUAAAGCUGCUAGGUGAACUGAUCCUGGACCGGCACAACUUUGCCAUCAUGACGAAGUACAUCAGCAAGCCAGAGAACCUCAAACUGAUGAUGAACCUCCUCCGGGAUAAAAGUCCUAACAUCCAGUUUGAAGCCUUUCAUGUCUUUAAGGUGUUUGUGGCCAGUCCUCACAAAACACAGCCUAUUGUGGAGAUCCUACUAAAAAACCAACCCAAACUCAUCGAGUUUCUGAGCAGCUUCCAAAAAGAAAGGACGGACGAUGAGCAGUUCACCGAUGAGAAGAACUACUUGAUUAAACAGAUUCGAGACUUGAAGAAAACGGCGCCUUGAAGUCUCACCCAGUUUCCUGCCACCGUCACUGUCUCAUUUGUUCAGUUUGUACAAAAAGUGUCAUUUCAAAAAGUAGUCAUUCUUGGGAAGGCUUUGGAGGUGGCUGUUUUUUUCUCAGUUCAUUGUUCAGGGUAGAUGGAAUAUAAAUGUCUGAA